UUUAUUUCUUUCUGAGAGAAAAGAGUGUGUUCAUUGAUCAACACUGCUAUGAAUUCAGAGAAGCCAGUCAGCCCUGAGAAUUUAAGUGAUGAAAAUGAUCAAGAAGAAGCACAAGAUGACACUGGUGGAACUAAACGCUCUUAUGAGUGCACAUUCUGCAAAAGAGGUUUCACAAACGCUCAGGCUUUGGGGGGUCAUAUGAAUAUCCAUAGGAAAGACAGGGCCAAGGCCAAGCAAUUCACACUCGACGCUUCACCUUCAAUUAACAAAUUCAACAGUCAUGAAUCCAUAGUCUUUCCUUUUGUCUCAGAAACUUUGAACCAACAACACGCAAGGCCUAAUUACUCCGUUUUGGAGUCUCAGAGGAACUGUGACAAACACUUUCAUCCCCCAGCUCCUGCAAGUGCCUUUUAUUAUGAGUUUUAUGAGUCAAGGUCUCGGUCUUUGAGUUUGAACCAAGAGCUUCGCGGUGCCAACCUGAGUCUCCAAAUUGGUCCAAGUCAUCAUGUGGGUGAUGAUAUUCAUCAAGUGAGAGGAAACCAGAAAGAUAGUGAAGUGGACUUGGAGCUAAGACUUGGCCAUCAUCCAUACUGAAAAGGCUAUUUGUAAUUUCAGGUUGGAUGCCUAGAAAGGUUUGAAGAAGUAUCAGAACUAACACUGAGGUAUAUAUAAAUUAUAUUGUUGUACGCUACUAUAUAUAUACAUAUAUCUGAAGAAGUAAGAGUACUAUAAAGAAAAAGGCAGCUAAAUGCUUAACCUCCAAGUAUAUGCACGAGCAUUUGACAGUUGAAUAUGUGUAUAUAAGGGAGCAGCAAUAACCUAGGUUUUUAUCCUUUUGCUUGUAUUUCGUAUGUGUGUUUUCGGAUUCUUAUUAUAAGAUACAAUUAACAGUUGGUAUAUUGAAUUUAUUAUCUUGUUUUCCUACCAGUCUU